AUGUCAUUCUCUACAUUAAAAAAAGAAGAGGAAAAGUCACAAUCUAUCACAUUACCAGUUCUUCUGGAUGGUCUAAGUGAGUUGGUAGAGUGGGAAACAUUCGGUGGUUUACUGGGAGUUCCAAUUAGAGACAUUGAUAGAAUUAAAGCAGAGAAUAGUAGUAUACAUAGCAUGGUACUCCACCUUCUUGAUUACUUGGUGAACCACGUCAAAGACCUGUCUUGGAAGAAAGUGAUUAAAGCAUUGGAAAAGAUACCAAAAGAGAAGGAUUUGGCUGAAAAGUUGUCAAAGAUACACUUACAACCUCAAGUGGUUGAUUCACCUCAAAAAAUCAUUUCACUGAAAGAUAAAGAAGAGUUUGCUCUUGAAUUUAAUGGUAUUACAAUGAAGUUUGCUAAGUUAGUCUUCAAUAUAAAGAAGACAUUAAAGAAUGAAGCUGACUUCGAUGAUGUACUUUCUUUUGCUACCACUCUUCAAGUCAUAUCUAAUCCUCCACCUAUGAACAUCAGAGAGUUGUUUGAUUGCCUGCAACCACACUAUUGCUUCAUAAGAUAUAAAAUAUUGGAAGUGAUAGUGUUUGAAUUUAUUAAAAAGACAAUGGAAAAGGAUAUGGAAAAGUAUCGUGAAGCACAAAUGAAUUGGCUGGAAUCUACAACAAUAAAAGAGUUCAAAGAAGCAGUUGAAAAAGCUGCUAGUACCGAAGCAGUCGAUCCAUCACCUAACCAAUGUCUCAUAGUGCUAAGGUUAGAAGGUGAGUGGUUGAAGGUAGCUUUGAAUAAUCUUUUUAAGCUACUGGAGUACCUCUUUGGGAAGGAGAGUUCAAUAUUGACAAGAUUAAGGAUUAAAGAAGGAUCGGUUUUAGUCUGUCUUUUUGCUUCUCAAUCAGCAAUACUUACCUUACUAACAUUAUCUAGUAAAAGAUACAAAGAACUUGCCUUCCUUGGCAUUCUAAGUAUUCAGUUUGGAAAUAUUCUUCUGUCUGUUUCAUCACUUUUAUGCCAGUGCACAUAUUUUACGUUUGAAAUAGUACUGAUAUUGGAGCUGAUCCUAAUAAAGAAUAUGAAGUUAAUGUGA